CAUGAUUUAAAAUCCUAUAUCGAAUGGACUGCUAUUUGAUAAGUUGGAAUACUUGAAAAAUAUAGAGUGGCAUUCAAAAAUAUCAAUAGGAGUUGUUGUUAGAAAAGUUUUAGCGAUGCAUUUGUAGGAAAUUGGAGAUGAAGAAUAAUUGAUUUUAUUCUUUGAGUGGUCAAACAAGAAUUCUUUUACAAAGAUGAAUGUUUAGAUCUUCUCAUUGAUUUAGUUCAAAAAAAUAAGAUGAUUGUAACCUGAAUCCUCUACAUGCAGCUUUAAAAAUAACUUGAAGUGGCUUCUAUACUUGAGGAUCAGAUAAUUCAAUAGCUGCAUUGCUAUUACAUAAAUUGAUGAUAAAUAUUGAUAAACAAUAUUCAUUACCUUAAAAUUAAUAUCUCAUAUAAUUUGGUUCAGUCAAAUCUAAAGGGAUUGCUAAAAAAAUGUUAGUAAGUAAUAAAUACUAGGAUAAUAAUAAUUUUAUGAUGAGCC